UGCUAUGACAAGGUGUUGUGGCGUCGGUCUUGAAUGGGAUCAGGUGCUGUGGCAGAGAAAAAUCGGGGUACACUAGGGGCACUACUUUCAGCGGCUAUGGCGAUGGAGAUUCGAGAAGGACGUUAUUAACCGUAAAGGGGUCAGUGGAUCGACCCAUACAUCCCGAUAUAACAAAACUGCGAAUUGGGAGGGCAAGAGAGCCUGGCAAGGAAGGUGCCGACCAUUUGUUUACAUUUCGGACUCGAACAUUGAUUACGGCUCGUUCCGUCCAACGCCCCAGAGCAACUGAGAACUUUUAUCGGUGUUCUCGAGCUUUGAACUGCGACUACGUUCCACCGGUCUCUUAACGAUGCUCGAGCUCAAAUGUAUCCCACCGCACGAACUGACACAAGGGGAGAUUAAAAAGCAGAGGAGGCUCAUCCAGUACUGUACGAACCGAGAUCCUGAAAUCAUAGAACGGCUCGUACGGGAACAUGGGCCUUUCCCCCUUUUAUGGGAGUUCAACGUGCCCGCGGCGAUUAAGCGACUUGAAGAGGGGAUGCAGGGGGGUUCAAAGGGGCGGGCGUUCAGGGUCUCCCGCAAGGAGAAUCCCAUGGGCCUUCACUCAAGGGAGGAGGUGAAAGCUGCCAUCGAGGCUUCGGGCCAACCAGUGGUGGGCCCUGUCAGUUGGCCGUUGGGAUGCUACGUUGGCCCUCCCAUACCACCCACCGUCCCCUUCCACUCCCACCUGCCCAUCCACUAUCAUGUGCCCGAUCCUCUUCCUGGAGGGGUAGCGGUGCCGCCCCGUGUCCAUGGGCGGCCUGUAUCCUACACAGGCCCACCAUUGCCUUGGGUACCCGGCCCCGACGCUCUGUGUCUGAUGCAUGCAGCACCACGUUCCAUCCCCAUUCUGCCACCGUCGCUGCCACCGCUGCCACCACCAGCUCCACAUGAUGGACGUCCCCAGCCAUCUCAUGUGGUCGAUCAUGGACCACAAACGCGUCACUUCCUUGAUGACGUACACUUUCCGGCCGUUCGCGGCCGCACCACAAACCCCUAUGGCGCGAUUGGCUCACUCCCUACAAGGAGGAACCCGUAAACGCGCGAGAGCCUGGAACCGACCGCCAGCAAAAGUCCACUCAUUCCAGCAGUGCA